AUGGUCUAUAAUAUGGCUGCUAUUCCCGUGUCUGGCUCAGUUACCGUCGUCUUGAUAUAUCGCUUCGAGAUUGCCGAGUUUGUCGUCCGAGCUCUCCCUCUAAAGCAUUAG